AUGGUGCUGAGCUUCGGAGCAACCGUCGCCGUAGUCUACGUCGUGUACAGGCACGUCAAGAAGCACGACGUCCCCGCCAUCAGCAUCAUCGCCGCGAGCGUCAAGACGGCGGGGAUCACUACUGGUACGUUGCUGCACGCGGUGGUGCCGGACUCCCAGAUACGGGACGCCACCGUCGAGGGGUUCCUCAAGGAGAUCGCCGGCGACAAGCCCAUCCGGUUCACCGCGCGGCAGCUCUGGGGGUUCACCAACAACUACUCACUACUCAGACAGGAUUGGCGCCGGGGGCUCGGGAAGUCGGGAGUCGUGUACAGGGGCGUGCUCCCGAACGGACUCCCGGUCGCUGUGAAGCGCCUCCACGCCGGCCGCGACGACGGGAGCUCCGAGGAGCGGUUCAUGGCCGAGGUGAGCACCAUCGGGAGGACCCACCACGUCAACCUCGCCAGGCUCUUCGGCUUCUGCUUCGACGCCGACGUGCGCGCGCUGGUGUACGAGCACAUGGAGCCUGGCGCGCUCGACGCCUACCUCUUCGACUCUGCCGCCGUCGUGGGCUUCCCAACUCUGUACGGCAUCGCCGUCGGUGUCGCGAGGGGCCUCCGGUACCUCCACGAGGAGUGCCAACAGAAGAUCGUGCACUACGACGUCAAGCCCGGCAACGUGCUCCUCGACGUCGGCCUCGCUCCCAAGGUGGCCGGCUUUGGCCUCGCGCAGCUGAUGAACCGGGCGGACACGCACGCGACCGUCUCGGGGAUGCGUGGCACACCCGGGUACGCCGCGCCGGAGCUGUGGAUGCAGGUGGGCGUCACCGAGAAGUGCGACGUGUACAGCUUCGGCAUCCUCCUGUUCGAGAUCCUCGGCCGGAGGAGGAACUUCGACGAGGCGGCGCCGGAGAGUCGGCGGUGGUUCCCGAAGCUGGCGUGGGCCAAAUACGAGUGCGGCGAGCUCGCGGAGGUCGUUGAUAGCCGUGGCAGCGCGGAGGAGGAGAAGGGCAGGGAGACGGCGAGGAGUAUGUGCGAGGUGGCGUUCUGGUGCGUGCAGCAGCUGCCGAAGGCGAGGCCGACCAUGGGCACAGUAGUGAAGAUGCUGGAAGGGGAGAUGUACAUUCCUCCUCGGCCGAACCCGUUUCAGCAUCUCAUGGCUGUGCCGGAGGUGGCGUGGACGUGA